AUGUCCUUCGGGGGCUUUUGUCGCACUCCAUUCUGGGACCUAAACGUAACAUGGAACACGGACAACCCCCUUCUCACGCCGUGCUUCGAGGACACCAUCCUUACAUGGACCCCAUUCCUGGUUCUGGCGCUGUCUCUGCCCUUCAAGAUGGCCUCAUCUUUAGGCCCAAUGGUCGUGCCUUAUCCGUAUACGCUGUUGACCUACGCGAAGUAUACCAUGACAGCUUACCUGUGCAUUAUUCACGCCUCGUCUACCUACGUGAGUGCGACGGAAGACACUCCUGCGUCCGAGUUCACUGCGUCCAUUGUCGACAUGAUGGGCUGCUGCGUAGCGAUCCUGUACCAAGUGGUCGACCAGAGACGAGCUCGAAGAACUUCCGACCUCUUGUUCACGUACUGGGCACUGCGAAUGCUAGGGCGCUUGCCCACCUACUACAGGAUGCUCCGAAGCACCUUCAGUACGCUCAGCGACUUGGUUCCGUCUGCCCACAACUACACAGUCGUCAUGAUCGUGUUUCCGGUCACCUGCUGCCUCGUGGUGCUCUACUCUUUCACGGAACGGCACGGCAAUGACAUCACCACAACUUGCCCUAUGGACGUUGCCUCUGUCCCUUCUACCAUCAGCUUCGAGUGGUUCACACCACUCAUGGUCACUGGUUUCCGCGACACGCUCAAAGUCGCAGACCUCUUUGAAGUGUCCAAGGAGUUGAAGACCGUCCACAACUACGCCAAGUGGAUGCAAGCCAACGACGACACGAUCAAAGGCUACCGUCUCGUCAGGUCGCUCGCCCGCACGUUCUGGCCCUCGGUGCUCAAAGCUUCGUUGAUACACGCAGUCUUUGCUCUCUUCAGAACGUUGCCCUCUGUCCUGUUAACCUUGGUCAUCAGAUACGUCUCUUCGGACCAGGAGACGUGGAAAGGCUAUUUGUACGGGGUCGCAAUCUUUUUGGCGAGCAAGAUCGGCAUGACCCUUCUUCGUCAUUGCACCUUUCACUACGUUUUGCUCGGCUUGCAAAUCAGAGGCCUCCUGGUGAGCGCGGUCUACCAAAAGACACUCCGCAUUGCAAGCGCUUCGCUGAGGAGGUACACCGUAGGGGAGAUCUCUAACCUGGUGACAGUAGAUGCGGACAAAGUUUACCAGUCUUCCCUCCUCGUUGGCCAGGGAUUUACAGCCUUCUAUUUGAUCGUGGUGGUGACCAUGUGGCUCUGGUUCUUUGUGGGCCUUCCCGCUUUUUCCGUGCUCGUUGUCGUCAUUUUGGUAUUACCUAUAACGUAUAUACUCAGCCGGGUUGGCAGCGGACUAAUGCAGGAAGUAAUGGUGUUGAAGGACAGCAGACUGAUGCGCGCUGCUGAGGCUCUCGCCAACAUCCGGACACUCAAGUUUUACGCCUGGGAGAUCCCUUUCAUGGAACGCAUCCUCAGCAUCCGUGAAGAGGAAGUGGCAACACUCAAGCGCUUUGCCACUUCGUCGGCGUUCAUGAAACUGUUCUGGUUCAGUCUCCCAUUUAUGCAGUCGCUUUCCGUUUUCACCGUCUACAUGCUAACGAAGGGACUGACCACGCUGGACGUCGAGACCGGCUUUCUGACUAUCACCUUGUGCAGCAUGCUUCGGAAUCCGUUAUCCGCCUUUCCCGAUCUCGUCGCAAAUUUGAUCCAGACACGCAUCGCUUUUAUCCGGAUCGCGGAGUUUUUGGACGCCGACGAGAAGGACCCCGGCCUUAUCGGGGAAGACGCCGGAUCUGGAAACGCGAUUCGAAUCGAGAACGCGUCUUUUGCGUGGUCCCGAGUCUCGGAGGAACCACCCCUUCUGAAGAGCAUCAACUUGACCGUUAAAAAGGGGCAGUUGGUCGGUGUUUUCGGCCUGGUUGGCAGCGGAAAAUCAUCCCUGCUCACUGGAAUGCUGGGGGAGAUGCACCUAAUCGAAGGUACCAUUGACAUCGCCGGAUCGGUCGCCUACGUACCUCAGAGGGCAUGGAUCAUCCAAGGGACUAUUCGCAAGAACAUCACCUUUAUGAACGACCUUGACAAGCACCUCUAUAAGAAGGUUAUUGACAGGUGUUGCCUGAGGAGCGACUUUGACAUGCUCAUGGAUGGUGACAAGACGGAGAUAGGAGAAAAGGGCGUAAACCUGAGCGGCGGCCAACGGCAGAGAAUAGGCUUAGCUAGGGCGGUUUACCUUAACAAGGACGUGUACCUGCUGGACGAUCCACUAAGCGCUGUUGAUGCGCUCGUCGGCUCUCUCAUCUUUAACAAGGUGAUUGGUCCGCAUGGCAUCUUGCGAAAGAAGACCAGGAUCCUCGUCACUAAUGACUUGUUUCUUCUUAGGAGUGCCGACGUCGUCGUAUUUAUGCAAGACGGGGCUAUCACAGAUUGUGGCACCUUUCACGAACUUGUAGCCAAGGAUGGCACUUUCGCGAAAGUCGUGUCCGAGUACUCUGAACAUCCAGUAGAAAGAAAACGUAGCAAUCAGAUGUUGCAUGUGCUCAGCGUUAUGAGCGAAACGUUUGAGACAAGCAUCACCAUGUCCGCUGCCACACGACCCAACGCUCUGAUUUGCGCGGAAACGGUCGAGGUCGGCUCCACCAAGAGAGAAGUCUAUAUUAAUUACCUCAAACACAUCGGCGGCCUCAUCUGUCUCACCUCAUUCGCCAGUUACGUAGGCUGCCGCGUGUUUGACAUCGGUGGUGGUCUCUGGAUCAAAGGCUGGAGUACGGACGCUUACCUUCCCGCGGCGCAGCAGACGGUAUCCAGAAGAACCAUUCGCAUCGUGGUGUUCGCAGUCAUCGGGUUGUUAACCGGGCUCUUUGCAUUUUUAGCCACCUCCGCCCUGAGCGUCGGAGCGGUCAAGGCUGCCAGAAACUUGCACGAAAACAUGAUCAGAUGCAUCUUCGAAGCCCCCAUGAGCUUCUUCGACGGUACUCCACUGGGAAGAAUCCUGAACAGAAUAGGCAAAGACGUGGACCAGCUUGACGUCCAGUUGCCUCUUACGGCGAACAUAUUUCUCGAAAUGGUCUUCCAGUUACUUGCCAUGUGCAUGCUCAUCAGCAUUGUCCUCCCGCAGUUUCUCCUCAUCGCCGCACCGCUGUCGUUGCUCUACGUCCCUAUUCGGAGCCUCUACUCGCGAACUCUGCGGCAGCUGAAGCGCCUGGAGUCUGUCACCAGAUCACCCAUGAUCAACACACUCGCAGAAACACUAGACGGCCUCAACACAAUCAGAAAUUACGGUGCUGAAAACGUUUUCUUCGACAGGUUCGUAGAGGAAAUCGAUUCAGCGCAGAACUGCACAUUUUGUCUCGUGGUCUCUAAGCACUGGAUGAUCAGCCGUUUAGACCUUAUCGGGUGCUCCAUGGUGCUCGCCACCUCUUUCCUCAUCGUCUACUGGAAGGACAGCAUGUCUCCUGGUACAGCCGGGUUACUGCUUUCCUACGUCUUCACAUCGACGUUCGCCUUCAACAACUUGGUCCAUUUCGCAGCCGGCGUGGAGACCGCCAUAGUUUCGUCCGAGCGUGUCGAAGAGUACUCCAAGGUCGAGAGCGAAGCCCCACGGCACGUGAAACCCAGCCCACCAGAGGGCUGGCCGCAGAAUGGAGUCAUCACGUUCGUCAACUUCAGCGCCCGGUACAGAGAAGGGAUGCGGCCUUGCAUACGGGACGUCAACAUAGAGUUCUUGGCGUCCGAGAAAGUUGCCAUCGUUGGGCGGACAGGCGCCGGAAAGUCGACGCUGACCUUAGCCCUCUUCAGGAUCAUCGAAGCGACAAAAGGCUCUAUUCUCAUUGACGGCGUCGACAUUUCCGAAGUUGGACUGCAUGAUCUACGGUCCAGGUUGACCAUCAUCCCUCAAGACCCGGUUCUCUUCAGUGGUACCUUGCGGAUGAACCUGGAUCCCGAAGACCAGUACGAUGACACUGAUCUGUGGCAGGUCUUAGAACAAGUCAACCUGAAGGGUCGCUUCGCAGAGGGCCUGAAGACCGUUAUUUCUGAAUGCGGCACGAACAUAAGCGUGGGUCAGAGACAGCUCGUAUGUCUCGCCAGGGCAGUACUCAAAUCAACCAAGAUCCUCAUUCUGGAUGAAGCCACAGCGGCCAUGGACGUCGAGACCGAUGCUCUCAUACGAAGGACCAUCAAGACGGUGUUUAGGGACAGCACAGUGCUGACGAUUGCUCACCGUCUCAACACCAUUUUGGACUCUGAUAGGAUUGUGGUGAUGGCUGACGGGGAAGUAAUUGAAGUGGGCUCGCCAGAGAAUCUUUUAGCUAAUCCCGAUUCUGAGUUUCACGCCAUGGCUCAAGAGGCUGGUAUUGUGUGA